AUGCAACCAAAAAACAAGAAAAACAAGAAAAACAAGAAGAGGAGGAUCAUGAUACAUAUACUCUUAGCUAUAGCUUAUUACUUGGUCCACUCUUGUGCUACCCAAACAGUCUUUACCAAUACAUGUCCUUCAGACUCACCUGAAUCGUGCUCAACAUCAAACGCAGCGUCGUGUUGCUUUGAAGCCCCUGGUGGAAUUAUGUUGCAAACACAAUUUUGGGAUUAUUCUCCCGCCACCGGUCCGUCGGAUUUGUUCACCUUGCAUGGUCUUUGGCCAGAUAAUUGUGAUGGUACAUAUGAGCAAUUUUGUGAUAACUCAGACACGAUUGCCAAUGAUGGUAGUACCAUUCAAAGUAUCUUGGUGGAUGAUUUCGAUGAUGAGGCGUUGUACAAUAACUUGAACACUGUGUGGAAAGACAUCAAUGGUAAUGAUCACUCGUUAUGGGCGCAUGAAUGGAAUAAGCACGGGACAUGUAUUAACACCAUAAAGGCAAGUUGUUAUCCAGACUUCAAGACCCAUGAAAACGUUUACAACUACUACUCUAUCUUGUACAAUUUAUUCGAAAACUUGCCAACCUACAAAUGGCUAGUUGAGGCAGGAAUCACUCCAUCCAACUCAAAGACAUACACUAAGGAACAGAUUCAAAGUGCGCUCAGCUCGAAUUUCGGACAAGAUGUGUAUUUCAAGUGUGACCGUAAUAAUGCAUUGAGUGAAGUAUGGUACUUUCAUCAUAUCAAAGGUUCCUUAUUGCAAAACAACUUUGUGCCUAUUGCACCCUUGUCCAAUUCCAACUGUCCAGCCUCGGGUAUUCUCUUCCCACCCAAGUCUGGAAGCGGAUCCAAUCCAACAACCACAAGAACGGGCACCACUGUUACCACCAAGACUACUACUAAUACUAAUACUAAUACUGAUUCCAUAACGCCAACUGGAGUACCUUCUUCUGGCUAUAUUGACUUGUCAGGGAAACCAGGAUGUUUAAUCUCCAACGGGAAGUACUAUACGUCUGGUACCUGUGCCACUUACAAAUUUAGAGAAUCUACAGCAUCUGGUGGUAAUAGUUUGAUUUCAAUUACAUCUUCAAAGGGUAACUGUGGAUUAGACGCGACAAACAAUAAUGCAUUCACGUGUAAUUCGUCCAUCGAUUCUUUGCAAACACAGUUUCAAAUUGAAGAAGGAAAUAUUGGAUACGAUGGCAAUUUUGACUGGUGUCUUGGCUCCAGUUCAGGUAGUGGAUCAACUGCGCAAACAAACGUUGUAUUGGGCGAUGGUACAUGUACCUCGUUCAAACUAAGCCUAGCAUCAAAGUAG